CAAUGAGUAUCUGAACAUAGGCUGCCAGCCUCACACAGCCCAAGUUAUUAUUUUUACCUUUGUUCCACUCAUUGUUAUUCCCACACUGUUUGACUGCCCUUUUCCUACAUGUCCAGGCUAUGAAAAAACAUUAGUUUGUUAUGUUGUGCCCUCCCCAACCUGCCCCCCACCCCCUAUGUGUGAAACAUGUUGAAAGAAUGCAUCCUCAGUGCUUAGGUAUUAGAUAAUGUGACUGAUUUGUCUGGCUGUGUGUUUUUCUUUUCCUCUGGAUACUCGCCAUGCCCCAAACAGAGGAUUAUACCUCCAUUUUUGAUAUCACGCCGCUAAUUUGAAACUGUUUAACAAACUCAACCACUAACAUUCCAGAAAGGCAGAGAGAGAGAUAGAGAGAAGCAAAGUGCAAUCAUCUGGCAGAAGUUGUGUACAAUGCCUCGGAGAAGGUAUGACCGCAGCCUCACUCAUUCACAUCAGUUCCUUUAUAUCUUCAGGGUGUCUGUUUGGAGCCAUGCGAGGAUGAUGGAUGAGGUUGUUGCAGUUUGGAUCUGUUCUGGUCUGCGCCAGGCUCUGUUGCUGUUGUUUUCCUUGUGUCCAAACAUACAGGCACAGCACCGUCAUAUAAUUGUUUACAGAUGAAGACAAAAAAUCCCAAAUGAAAAAUCCAACAAAUAUGACCCACUGGGUCCUGUAUCUGAGUCUGUAAGUGAGUAAGCAAUAGAAAAAAUAAAAUAAAAAACUAACAUUUUAGAGGAGGUAAAGUUUGCAGACAAUGACAUGUUGGUCAGAGACCUGAGAGGAAAGAAUAUAAAUCAAACAGCAUUGUAGGUUCAUUUGUUUAAUACUCAACAAAAUCUUGUAGAAUAAUUCAUAAUUCAAAACAAUUCAAACACUGGCUGUAGAUAUUUGCAUUUUUUGCGAGUUUUGUGGCCACCAUAGUUUCUCCUACAUAUUUCAGUCAAUGCUUAUUCCCAGGUCAUCAAAUGCAGACGUGAGAGGUGUUCAGUUAGUUGCAAUCUGCAACUUCAUCGCUACAUGCCACUAAAUCCUACACACUGGUCCUUUGAGGAACACAUUAGUCAUAGGACAAUAUGACAAUUUCCAUACACAAUAUUAUCACAAUAAUCAUGAUAACAUACUUCAUAAAUGAAAUGAAUUCAAAUGGCACUAAAACAUACUGGACUCACUUAAAAUUAAGCUUAAAUUAAGCCAUGUGAAGAUAUGCCCGAUUUUAAUAGAAAUGUGCCACGAUAAAUUAGUAGUACUCCUGUAUUGUGCCUUGUGAGCACUUUUGUACAAGCAGAUAUUAAAAUACCAAAUAUAUAUUUAUCAGGGCGCCCUGCCUGAAAAUCUACUUUUCCUAAAAAUAAUGUGAAAUAUUGCAAGGGCAGAUGAUAGUGUCUUCAUUUGGUUAUAAAUCUGAACAUUUCCAAAAACUUCCAUGAUAACAUAUUCAACAUAUAUAACCUUAACUCUGCCUGCAGGUGUAGGAUAUCCCCGUGUCACAAUCUCAACUGUACCUACAACACUGAUGUCCCCACCAAGUGAUGAUUGCUGAGACUGCGGAGGAUCCAGACAGUGGGGGAUGGAGCGGGCGGAGGAAGCAACCCUCCUACUACCUGUCUCCCUACAGCACGCUGACCUUGAACCUCCGCUGCACUAGCAGGAACAACACAGAGACACAGCUCCCCCCACCCCCCACCCCCCUUGUGAGAACGAUAGUGAGGAAGAGGAACAGAAGGAAACAGAGAAUAAAAGGGACAGCGUGUUGGAUAACCCGUGAGGAUCGAGGGCCUCUGGGUGGUCCCAUCAUGAAACCUUCAAUCUCUGUGGGCCCCCCUUCUGGCCUGCUGCUGGUCCUGAUGUGCUGCCCCCUGCUGGGCUUGGUCCAGUCUGCCAGCAGCAACAAGGCUAGCGAUAACCCACACCUGGGAGACAGCAACCCAGAGCGGUGCAUGAGGCACCACUUUGUGGAAACUAUCACACACCCCAUUUAUAAGUGCAACUCCAAGAUGGUGUUGCUGGCACGCUGUGAGGGCCACUGCAGCCACACGACCCGCUCUGACCCCCUCAUCUCCUUCAGCUCGGUGCUCAAACAGCCCUUCAAGAGCACCUGCUCCUGCUGCCGGCCGCACACCUCCAAGCUGAAGGCGGUGAGGCUGCGCUGCGCUGGCGGGACUCGCAUUACGGCCACUUACAGAUACAUCCUAGCGUGUAACUGUGAGGAGUGCAGCUGAGCAGGGAGCAGCAACCCUCCCAAACCCUCAAGACUCUCAAGACCCAGGAUCCUCUUUGACCUUGGGCCUUACUCUGAAGCUAUCCAGAGCUUUUUGGUUGAUUGUAGGAGUGACAGCAGCUCAGGAUGCUUGUUGUUGUCAUGGGAGUGAUAGUUUGGAGCAAUCACAUAGGCCUUGGGACUCGGACACAACAUACUAUACACUCUCCAUUAUGUGCAUCCAAUCAGUGCAAACCAUACAGAGCAUAUUUCUCUAGCACACAAGGCCAGACACCACAAACUGCUGCUCCCAUGGGCCAGAUGGAGACCCUCCUCACUGCAGAGACACACUGCACUCAUUACAGGCCUCCAUAAUCCAUACCACACAUGCUCACAAACCACAGUGUGAGAGCUCAUUACAAAUAUCUGUAACAGCUUUCUGCCAGCUCCAUAAAAACCCCACCAUGCAUUUGACAACAAAACAACACGGCUUGUAAAAAAAGCAGCAUGGGAAAGGAACGAGGCCCAGAUGAGAACGAGCGGGGUCCGCAUGCGCCCCGGACAUGUGGUGGAUCUAUAGAGAAGCACCAGCGCUGUGCUUAUUCACCCAAUAACAUUUUACACACUCCCUGCAGACUUUCAUCUCGCUGUGUAAAACAUGCGAUGCUGACAGGAGAGCUCAUCAGGUGGACAAUGAAAGAGUAGUGGCAGACGGUGUAAAAGGAGCUCUGAGGAUGAGAGAAGAGCAAGGAGAAAGGUCAAGCCAGCGCCUGGGUGGUGGUGUGGACUGUGAAAAGACUGUCAAGGCAAUCAUUUUAAAUGUAAUCUAUUCUAUUUGGAUCUUUGUGAUGUUCCUGUGAACAUUAUUGAAACUAUAGCUACUAUCACGCCGGGUUUUUUGAAACUGACGCUUUCGCCUGUGGUAUAACGUUACUAAAGAUAUGUCGGAUGUUUUGGCUCACAGAAAAAAACGCUUGUGUCAAAACAGCACUGUAGUUGCUCUGCAUAUGUCUGCAAUGCCUGCACACAUUUUUCUCAUAGUCCACAAUGAUGAAUCCACAACUUCAAACUUGCAUAUAAGUCCUUCGGUGUGUGUGCCAGGCUCUAACAACGUCAUUGGCCGUUCUUGUGGUCAGUUUAUCCGAAUUAAAAAAAUACCAACUCAG